AUGCCACAGUCUUCCGAAGCUGUCUUCUGGCGUGGAUCAUCAAUCAGGUGGGGCGCCCACCCCCAAAAGAUUCGCGCUUGUCACGGUCCCGGAGCUACACACGCAUGGUGCCCUGGCGCCCACGCCGCGAGCCCACGGAAGCCCGAACGAGGUCAGCGGAUACUGGCUUGCGCCAACCUGGUACAGCCUGCCGUCCUUGCUGACGUGCAUGGGGAGGGCGGCCUUGUCGGACACGCCGUUGGGCUUCUUACAGAAGGUGCCGCCACCUUGCUUGCUGUUGCCAGGCACGACGACACGCGCGCGGAAGGUGGGGAUAGAGGCCUUCACGGUGCGGAUCGUCGUGGUUAUGGUGGUACUGGUGGUCUUGGUCCGCAGUACGGUGAAGACGGCGCUGCUGGUGAUGAAGGUCACACUGGAUCCCAAAAUCGGGAUGACAAGAAGAACAGCAACUCGAUCUACUGGUCGCCCAAGGGACGGUUUGUUGUCAUUGCCACCAUUGCCAACACACAAAGCUCAGAUCUCGACUUUUUCGACCUCGACUUUGAGGGUGAAAGGCCCGAGGGAGAAAAGGAUCUCACAGCGUGCCUGCAGCUCCUCAACACAGCCGACCACUACGGCGUCACAGAUCUUCAGUGGGACCCUUCAGGUCGUUUUGUCGCAUCGUGGGCGUCGGCGUGGAAGCACUCUAUGGAAAACGGCUAUCACCUGUACGAUUUCCGCGGCGAGCAGCUUCGCGAGGAGCUCGUCGAGAAGUUCAAGCAGUGGCUGUGGCGGCCUUGCCCCCCCACGCUUCUGACCAAGGACGAGCAGAAGCAGGUCCGCAAGAACCUGCGUGAGUACUCGAAGAUCUUCGAGCAGGAGGAUGCCGAGCGUGGUGCCUCCGCCGACUUGGCCGUUGUCGAGGAGAGGAGACGUAUCCUCGACGAGUGGCUCGCGUGGCGUGCAUCGGUCGAGGAAGAGCUCGCAGAGGACCGCCUUGCUCUUGGCCUGCCGGAGAAGGAGACCCCGGAGGCCGAGAAGACGCCCGAAGAAGGCGAGGCGCAAGUCAUCGAGAAGCUUGCGGAGGAAGUGCUGGAGGAGACCGAGGAGAUUGUUGCGUGA